AUGAUCGAGAGAGGGGAGGAGUAUGAUGAUGAGGAUGACGGGGAUGAGGACGAGGACGAGGACGAGGACGAGGAUAAGGAGAAUGAGGAGGAUGAGGAGAAUAAGGAGGAUGACGGUGAGGACGACGACGAGGAGGAGGAUAAAAGUGGAGUCUUCAUAUCAGUGGCCAUCCAAGGGCUAAAACUGAUAUCUGAGCAGGAAGAGGAAGAGGACGAGGAUGAGGAGUGGGAGGAAUGGACAUCUGAGGAGAAGGAGUGGGAUGAGGAGGAAGGGAAUGAGGAGGGGGAGAAGGACGAGGAGGACGAGGAGGACGAGACCGAGCAGGAUGUGAGAGUACUGUUCCGCUACAUGUGA